AUGGGUGUUAAUCAACGAUUGAGUAAAAUUGUAUGUGAUUCAAUGUUUACUAAUCGUUUAACAUUAUUGAGAUAUUUAUGGAAUGGUUUUAUCUUUCCAUUAUCUCGAAUAGUACUUGAUAGAUUUUGUUUACAAAUCUUACCUGAAAUUCAUCAUAAAAUCCAGUGGCUUAACCUUGAAUCAUUAUCGAUGGAACGUAUUUUAUUUGCUGCCGAUUAUCCUAAUUUACGUGGACUUGGUCUGUAUAAUAUUAAUCAGAAGACUGCUGUACAUUUCUUUAUGGGCGAACAGAUUUUAACUCGUACAUUCAAAAAUCAAAUUUCAACAGUUAUUAUUACAAUCUCAAAUAAGAAAGAAGAUUUAUCAGCGAAAAUUGAGAUAAUGACAGUGUGUUCACAUAUCUUUACUGCUUUUCCUAAUCUACUCUAUUUAAAUUUUCACCAAUCGUCAGAUAGACAAAUUGAUCGAUUAUCAUUUGAUUGUCAAAUUCCAAUGUUUUGUUCAACUUUGUUAGAAUUACAUAUAAAAGUACAACGUUUCGAUGAUAUUCUUUAUUUACUCGAUGGUCGUUUCAAUAAACUUUGUAUUUUCUAUGUUGAUGUUAUUAAUAUCGCUUGUACUCAUACUUCAUUGCCAAUGAUCAAUAAUAACGAAAGAUUAUCUAAUAUGAAAUGUUUUUCAAUGACAAGUUCUUGUGAAACAUGUUUUUAUGAUGAAUUAAUUGUACCACUUCUACAACGAAUACAUAUAUUCAACCAUAUGUCACGAUUAAAUAUAUUUACAUUUAAUAUUCGUUCAAAAAUAUCUUUUUAUGAUCAAAUGAACUUACUCUCAAAUGAAGAUAUUAAAAAUACAUUAACAAAUCUAGGAGAUGAUUAUAAAAUAAAUUGUUGUGUUGAUUAUUUUUCAAAAGAAAAAACUGGUCAAUGUCAUAUUUACUCAUAUCCAUAUUCAUUAACAUAUUAUGAUAAUAUUACAAAUAAUUUUUCAGGUGGAUUAUUCAAAUAUGUUCACAACGUAUCACUCUUUGACGAACGUCCAUUUGAACAUGAAUUUUUUAUUCGAAUUACUCAAGCAUUUCCUUUUCUUAAACAAUUAACUAUAAAUAAUUUAACACCGCAAAAUCAUAAACAAUAUGAAAACUUAAACAACAAUCAAGAUUUGCCAAUCAUUAAAUAUCCUUAUCUUACUGACCUCGAUUUUAUUGAUGUUCAUGAUGAUUAUAUCGAGCAAUUCUUAGUCAAUACCAAAACGUAUCUAUCAAAUUAUAUUCAUACAAUCAUUGAUUAUAAUUCUUUACAGAGAGUAACACACAAUUUUACAAGAGAGGCAACACGAAUCAAUUGUUAUAAAUUCAGUCGUCUAAUUUUUUGUGAUGUAUUGGAUUUUCCAAAACAUAUUGUAGACUAUUUUCCUCAUGCAGAAAUAAUUAUUUUCUGA